AUGAGCCUCAUCGCAAAUGGAUUUGAGGAGAGAUGUGCCCCUGCUGCUGUGUUGAUGGGGGUCCAUGUGGAUGUGGGCCCUUCCUGGCCUUCCAGUUGGAGCAAUACAGAAAGAAAACCGGAAAUGGAAAGUGAUGACACUGGAGCCCUGGAAGAGCUGGAACUGAGGCCAGACAAACGAGCAGAAACACAUGAAGGCGAUCCUAAUGAGAAUGCAUUACUACGGGUUCUGUCCAACCAUGUGACUCUCUUGGUCCCAGAGUUCUUGGUCCCAACACACACUCAAGAGAAGGCCUUUGCCAAUGACGUCAGCAACAUACAACACAAACCUGCAGAGGAGUCCAAAGUUCCACAGCGUGCGGACGCAUUCCUUCCUGAGCAGGAUAGUGACAUCUCCAGUUCCUCAGCAAAAACCAUGCAGCCCAAGGAAGGUGACAGCCCCAAUUUCUCAACAAAAACCAUCCCACCGCAGCAAGGUGACAUUCCCAGGUCCACAGGAAAAACCAUCCUGUUUAAAAAGGGUAACACCCUUCAUUCCUCAGAAAAAAAUGUCCUUCCCAAAGAGGGUAACACUGCUAAUUCCUCAGAAAAACCCAUCCCACCCAAGCAGGAUGACACCCUCAGUUCCCCAGGAAAAAUCAUCCUGCACAAAGAAGGUAACACCAGUAAUGUUUCAGCAAAAACCAUCCUGCCCAAGCAGGGUGACAUCCCCAAUUCCUCAGCAAAAACCACCCCUCUCAAGCAGGGUGACACCCUCAGUUCCUCAAAAAAAACCAUCCCAUCCAAGCAGGGUGACAUCCCCAAUUCCUCAGCAAAAACCACCCCUCUCAAGCAGGGUGACACCCCCAGUUCCUCAAAAAAAACCAUCCCAUCCAAGCAGGGUGACAUCCCCAAUUCCUCAGCAAAAACCACCCCUCUCAAGCAGGGUGACACCCCCAGUUCCUCAAAAAAAACCAUCCCAUCCAAGCAGGGUAACAUCCCCAAUUCCUCAGCAAAAACCACCCCUCCCAAGGAGGGCAACACCCCCAAGCUCUCAGCAAAAACCAUUUCACCCAAGGAGGGCAACACCCCCAAGUCCUCAGAACAAACCAUCCUGCCCAAGCAGGAUGACAUUCCCAAUUUCUCAGCAAAAACCAUUUCACCCAAGGAGGGCAACACCCCCAAGUCCUCAGAAAAAAACAUUUCACCCAAGGAAGGUGACACCCCCAAUUUCUCAGAAGAAACCAAGAAGGACAACACCCCCAAGUCCUCAGAAAAAAACAUUUCACCCAAGGAGGGCGAUACCCAGAAAUCCUCAGAAGAGACAAUCCAGCCCAAGGAGGGUGAAACCCCCAAAUCCUCAGAAGAAGCCAUCCAGCCCACAGAAGGCAAUAUCCCAGCAGAAACAAUGGAGCUCUCAGAGGUCAAUAUGGUGAAAGUGAUCCUGAGCAAGGAGGAUUUCGAGUUGGCCCUCAAGGAGGCUGGGGAGAGGCUGGUGGCUGUGGACUUCUCAGCCAUGUGGUGUGGGCCUUGCAGGAUAAUAAAGCCUCUUUUUUGUUCCCUGUCUGUGAAGCAUGAGGAUGUACUGUUCCUGGAAGUGGACGUUGAUGUGUGUGAGGAGCUGGUGAAAGACCUUGAGAUCAUUUGCAUUCCAACCUUUCAGUUUUAUAAAAAAGAAGAAAAGGUGGGCGAAAUUUGUGGUGUCCUUACGGAAAAACUUGAAACAAUCAUUGCAGAAUUAAAGUAA